CAACCGUAAAAAGAGAGUGAGAGAGGGAGGCUGAGGCUGGAGCUCGACACUCAUCUAAAGAUCUAACCAGCUUACCGCCCCGCCCCCCCACCACACCCGCGGAGACACAGACACGAACAGAGACACAGCAGCAGAGAGGGGAGAAAAGAAAGGAAAGAUGUACAGGGACGUCUCGAGCUGCAACUCUUACAACUAUGGUGACGCUACCUACUGGGACGCCAGGUAUGUGCAGGAGGCCGAGAUGGGCAACUUCGACUGGUACCAGCGCUACUCCGCCCUCCGCCCCUUCGUCCGCAAGUACCUCCCCUCCUUCUCCUCCCGCAUCCUCAUGGUCGGCUGCGGCAAUGCCCUCAUGUCGGAGGACAUGGUCAAGGAUGGGUAUGAAGAUAUUGUGAACAUCGAUAUCUCUUCUGUUGCCAUUGAAAUGAUGAGAAGAAAAUACCAGUACAUCCCUCAGCUAAAGUACAUGCAAAUGGAUGUCAGGGAUAUGAGCUUCUUCCCCGACAAAUCAUUUGACAGUGUCAUUGAUAAAGGAACUCUCGAUUCCUUGAUGUGCGGUACUGAUGCACCGAUUAGUGCUGCCCAGAUGCUCGGGGAAGUGAGCAGGCUUCUUAAACCUGGAGGGAUCUAUAUGUUGAUAACUUAUGGUGACCCAAACGUAAGGAUGCCACAUUUGAACCGGCCUGCAUACAAUUGGCAGAUUAUACUUUACAUUAUACCAAGACCGGGAUUCCAGAAGGCCAAUGGCAGUAGUUCGCCAAUGAGGUCACCCUUGGAACCUGCACCUCUGACCGACAAGGGCUUGCUUCCAGCCAGUUUUGUCAUGGAAGAUCCUGAUUCUCACUUCAUAUACGUAUGCAGAAAGAUGGAUAACCUAAGCAGUGUACUGCCCUAUCCUCUGAACUCCGAUCUUCUAUAACAACGGAAUCCCUUCCCACUGCCCAGGUGCUCGAUAUUAUUCUUGGAGAUACUCUUCUGAAUAGAUGGAUGCUUUCGAGACGAUGGUACUCGUGGAUUUGAAAGGUUAAAGCAAAUAAUAAUUGAAGAUUUGAGAAGCUUUGUUAAGAUAACAAUAAUUUGAGAUUAUUUUAUUUUCCAGCCUUGUUUCUAUUUUUCUUGGGCGAGUUGGAUAUUGUAGAAGCUAUUGCCUGACUGAGACAUGUCAGGAUGUUCACAGGACAGGCAAAGGAAGAAUUUGAACCACAGAAACUUCUUUGAGGUUUUGUUUUGAAGUCAUGAUUUUGGUU